AUGGGUGAUAUCAUCUUACCAGGACGCCGUUUACAUUUAAAACAUGGGUUGUACACCAUCGAUGGCAUGCUCGGAUUUGGUUUACAUUCGAAAGUUUAUUCCGCACGUGAUACGGAUAGUAAUCGAUCGAUUGCUCUGAAAAUAAUCGACUUAGAACAUCAAAAUGUUACUGUUCGAGCAUCGACGAUAUCACGGCGACAAAGUUUUCAAAAAGAAUUACAAUAUCUAUUACGUUUACAAAGAGUGAAUCCGUAUAUUGUUCGUAUUUAUGAUUAUGAUAUACAAAAUUCCGGUGUUAUUGCGAUGGAACAAGGCACACCACUUCGAUAUUUUCUACCUAAAUAUCCCACUUCGCCGGGUGCGCAAUUAACACCUCAAUCUGUACAUCGUUUCUGGUGUCAACUGGUCGAUGGUGUACGGUUCUUACAUCGAGCACGUAUUGUACAUUCGGAUCUCAAACCUGAAAAUCUUAUCGUUCUACCAGAUGGACAAAUACGGAUUAUCGAUUUAGGUAUCUCAUUUACACUACCUCGAAUGGUUCAUUCGAAACGACGCGUAUGGGCUGGUACACCUGAUUAUAGUGCACCGGAAAUGCAUAAAUCAAUGCCAGGACUUCCGCCAAAAUAUGGUUACAAAAGUGACAUAUGGUCACUGGGCGUACUUCUGCACGAAAUGACGACUGGCUUUCGACCAUUAUUUGCAUUGAAUAGCAAUUAUGAAAAAAUCCAGUAUUUGAAACAUUUAAAUGAAGAUCUUCCUAUCGACAGCGCCGUGUCACCAUGUGUUUUUAACGUAAUGAGACAAUGUACCCGACUCCAGCCCAAACAUCGGCCAACAGCUGAACAACUCUCUUUGCAUCACUAUGUUGUACAUGGAUACUGA